UAUUCAGCUGCGGAAUCUCAAUUCCCAACCCCACCCACUGGGUUGUCUUCGCCAUCUUCAGAGUUCUAGAGAGAGAGAAAAAAUGGAGGAAGAUGGAGUUCUAGAGAGAGAGAAGUGGUACCAGGGGCUAAUAAGAGGCCACUGGAAAACAAGAAACUACGAGAAGCUGAACCGGCCAUCGAGAAGCAGGAGGCGCCGAGCCCGGGUGGAGCUCGGUUCGAACCGGAAGAGGGGCGGCCGGUUCUGGCGGAUCAAGAUCUCCCAAAAUCUCCGGUUCUUCCGGUCCAUACCUUCCCCCAAAAAACUCCUCCUCCGCCUCCGCGAUGCCUACGUCAGAAUGAUGCUCGGAUUCGCCAACUCCCGGGUCUUCUCCGCCGCCCCCGUCCCCGACGGCAUUGCCGGCUUCGGACGCCGGCCGGUCAAGGAAUACGACGACAAGAUGAUCCUCGAGAUCUACAAAUCGAUGGUGGCGGCCCAGCGGCAGUUCGUGAACUGCACCGCCGCCGGAGGACCGGAGACGGAAACCGCUGUCUCCAGGUGAAAAUUCUUGUUUUUUUUUUCAAUUUGGUCCCGAAUUGUUUAAAAAAUUUUAAUUUAAUCCCUCGUUUUUUUAAAAAAAAAAUUAUACUAUUUUUAUCGAUGAAGGUAAAACGUAAAAUUGAGUGUAUUAGUAAAAAAUUAUUAACUAUUUAAAGAAGAAAUUUAAAAUAUGCAACUUUUUAGAAAUGUGGGGAAAGAAUUAGAAAUUUUUCUUUUUGCUGAAUGUUUUGCAUUUAUGUUUAGCCUAUUUUAACCUUUACCGGUAAAAAUGAAAAUGAUUAAAAAAUAAGGGACUGAAUUUUCGAUUUUUACCACGAAAGACUAAAUUGAAAAAUAAAAAACAUAUAUUUAGUUUAGGGGAUUUGGAUUUAGACUCUUGUAAUUAAACAAAUUGCUUCUUAUUUCUUAUUUCUUUUAAAUUUUAUUUAAUUUAGAAGAAUGGCGAUGUUGUUGUAAUCUUGAUUAUCUUCUAAAUGGGGAAUAAUGAGGAUUCUUUUUUCUAAUAUUAAAUAAAGUUUGAUUAAGCUUGUUGUUAAUUAAAUGGUUAA